AUGACCGCCGCCACCCCAAGAGCCUACCCUCCUCCAGGCCCGCUCGGCCACACCGACCCCGCUCGCUGGCGCCUCUCGUCCGCGACCGACGGCGGCCGUCACGUCUGGCUCUACCGCCGCGACCAAGACUCGCACACGGCCGCACCGUACGAGACCACCGACGAGGCCGCCUACUGGCUCGGACUCGACCUCCCACUCAAGGGCGUCGACCCAGCUCCCGCCCGCUCUCCUCUCGACGCCGCAAAGAAGGGCUUCGAGUUCUACAAGCGCCUCCAGUCGGACGACGGUCACUGGAGCGGCGAGUACGGCGGCCCCAUGUUCCUCCUCCCCGGCAUCAUCAUCGCGCUCUACGUCACCAAGACCCCUGUCCCCGAGGAAUGGCGCGUCGAGAUCGCUCGGUACCUCGCCAACCUGCAGCGCAAGGGCGGCGACGACGACCAAGGCUGGGGCAUCCACUUCGAGGCGCGCUCGUCCGUGUUCGGCACCGGGCUCAACUACGUCGUCCUGCGCCUACUCGGCGUCGGGCCUGACGAGCCGAUGAUGGUUCGCGCGCGCAACACCCUGCACAAGCUCGGUGCGCUCCCCUUCCUCUCAUGGGGCAAGUUCUGGCUCGCCAUCCUCAACGUCCACUCGUGGCGCGGCCUCAACCCGACCCCGGCCGAGCUGUGGCUCCUCCCCGAGUGGCUCCCCGUCCACCCGUGGCGGUGGUGGAUCCACACGCGCAACGUCUACAUCCCGAUGGGCUUCCUCGCCGGCAAAGGGUUCCAGGCCGACGAGGACGACCUGAUCCGCAGCUUGAGGGAGGAGCUCUACACGCAGCCGUACUCGUCGAUCAACUGGCCCUCCCUGCGCAACAACGUGUCGGCGGCCGACGUGUACGCGCCGCACUCGCGCGUCGCCAACGCGUGCUUCGCCGUGUUUGACCUGUACGACCGCGUCGCGCCGAGCUGGGUCCGCAACAAGGCGCUCGACCGGGCGUACCGGCUUGUCGUCAUGGAGGACGAGAACACGGCGUUCCAGACGGUAGGGCCCGUCAGCAAGGCCAUGAACAUGCUCUGCCGGUGGAUCCAGGAGGGGCCCGAGAGCGACGCGUUCCAGCAGCACCUCGUCAAGAUCCGCGACUUUAUGUGGAUGUCCAAGGACGGCAUGAUGAUGACGGGCACCAACGGCUCGCAGCUGUGGGACGCGUCGUUCAUCGCCCAAGCCGUGUGCGAGUCGGGCCUCGCGUCGUUGCCCGAGAACGCCGACUCGACCCGGUCGCUCCUCGAGUGGCUCGACGCGUGCCAGAUCCAGACCAACCCGAAGCACUACCGCGAGGCGUUCCGGCACCGCACCGAGGGCGCGUGGCCGUUCUCGACCAAGGAGCAGGGCUACACCGUCAGCGACUGUACGGCCGAGGGCAUGAAGAGCGUUUUGCUCCUCCAAGAGCUGUCGCACCUUCCGACCCUCGUUACGCGUGAGCGCCUGUGCGCCUCGGUCGACACGAUCCUGAGCCUGCAGAACCCGGCCGGCGGCUUCGCGUCGUACGAGCUCAUCCGGGGCAGCCCGCUCCUCGAGCUCCUCAACCCGGCCGAGGUCUUUGCCAACAUCAUGAUCGAGUACCCGUACGUCGAGUGUACGACUGCCUGUGUCACGUCCCUCUCGGUAUUCAAGCGCAAGUACCCCGACUAUCGCCGCGCCGAGAUCGACUCGGCGAGCCGGCGCGCCAUCGAGUGGAUCAAGACGGCGCAGCGCGCCGACGGGAGCUGGUACGGCAGCUGGGGCAUCUGCUUCACCUACGCGACCAUGUUCAGCAUCGAGUCGCUCGCGCUCGCCGGCGAGACGUACGGCAACAGCGAGGCCGUGCGCCGGGCGUGCGCGUUCAUCCUCGGCAAGCAGAUGGACGACGGCGGGUGGGGCGAGAGCUACAAGAGCUGCGAGACCGAGGAGUACGUCCACAACGCCAAGAGCCAGGUCGUCAACACGGCAUGGGCCGUCAUCACCCUCCUCACGGCGCAGUACCCGGAUCCCGAGCCUAUCCGCGCCGGAUGCAGGCUCAUCAUGUCGCGCCAGCUGCCCGACGGCUCGUGGGCGCAGGAGAGCAUCGAGGGCGUCUUCAACAAGAAUGCCGCCAUCUCGUACCCCAACUUCAAGUUUGCGUGGACGAUCAACGCGCUCGGGCAGGCGGCGAGGAAGCUGCCUCGCGAGGGCUGGUAGCCGCCCUCUGCGCGCCCUCUGGGCAGCGA